UCUUGCUGUCUGGAGCCGGGAGAGGUUCUGAGAAGAAGAGAGCGACGGGAGAGCAGGUUUCUGCCGCGGCGCUCGAACGGGAGGAAGCUUAGGGGUGCAGCAUCCUCGGUAUCCACCCGGGAUCGCAGCUGCACCGGCCGACAUGUGACGGAAGAAAGCCCUCAGCAUCAUCGGUGGCCGCCUUCAAAAGGGUCCCAGAGCGGUCGCCCAGGCCGGCAGCCAGAUCCUCUUAGCCCGCAGAGACGCGGGACAGGAGCGGCAAAACACAACGGCUGGUGGGUUCCAGGCUUGCACUCCGGAAAAGAGCGCAGCAGGGACCGCUGCCUGGUUCGCACUCGGCUCAACUCCGGGACCUGCGGAGCGCGGCUGGACUGCGUCCAGAUUCCCGCCGACUUCAUCCAGAGUGACCCACGGCCCCAGCCCGUCCUCCUGCAACCCCUGGAGUUCUAGCUUUUCGUGCAUCUGCGCCGAUCCCGCAACGCCCAGGUCCCCGCAACGCCCCGGGCCGGAUGGGAAGCGCGCCUGCCGCUGCUCCUUGAUAGCUGACACCGCCGCCGUCCAAACUGCACACAGAGGUCCCCCACCCGGAGCCUAGACCUUGCCGGGGGUGGUGUCCGAGACGCUGGAGAGCGCGCACCAUGAAGUCCGCGCUGUGCAGCCGCUUCUUCAUCCUCCUGCCCUGGAUCCUGAUCGUCAUCAUCAUGUUGGACGUGGACCCCCGCAGGCCCGCGCCCCAACUCACUUCUCGCCCCUACUUCUCUCCCCAUACAUUGGGUUGUGGAGGCUCCCGAGUCCCGCUCCGGCGGAGCAGUCCCGGGCGUGAUGUUGCCGAGAAGCGGAACGAGUCUCGGCCUCAGCCGCAGCCGGAGCCGCGCUUGCCCACCAUCUAUGCCAUCACACCCACUUACAGUCGCCCGGUGCAGAAAGCCGAGCUCACCCGCCUGGCCAACACCUUCCGCCAGGUGGCGCAGUUGCACUGGAUCCUGGUGGAGGACCGGGCGACGCGCAGCGAGCUGGUGAGCAGCUUCCUAGCACGGGCCGGGCUGCCCAAUACGCACCUGCAUGUGCCCACGCCGCGGCGCUACAAGCGACCGUGGCUGCCGCGCGCCACCGAACAGCGCAACGCGGGCCUCGCCUGGCUGCGCCAGAGACACCAGCAUCAGAGCGCGCAACCCGGCGUGCUCUUCUUCGCCGACGAUGACAAUACCUACAGUCUGGAGCUCUUCCAGGAGAUGAGGACCACCCGCAAGGUUUCUGUCUGGCCUGUGGGCCUAGUUGGCGGACGACGCUAUGAACGUCCAUUGGUGAAAAAUGGCAAAGUUGUUGGCUGGUACACUGGAUGGAGAGAAGACAGGCCUUUUGCCAUCGACAUGGCUGGGUUUGCCGUGAGCCUGCAAGUCAUCUUGUCUAACCCGAAAGCUGUGUUUAAGCGCCGUGGAUCUCAGCCAGGGAUGCAAGAAUCUGACUUUCUAAAGCAGAUCACAACAGUUGAAGAACUGGAACCGAAAGCUAGUAACUGCACCAAGGUUCUCGUGUGGCACACUCGGACAGAGAAGGUCAAUCUAGCCAAUGAGCCAAAGUACCACCUGGACACAGUGAACAUUGAAGUGUAGCCGCCAGGACCAGCAGGGGAGGAAGAGGAAGUCUGGAGCUUAGGCUGCUGCUCAUUCAGGUACUGGUCCUUUGCCUUCAGCCUUUCCUGUCAGCCAAUGGACAUCCAUUUCGACAGCUACCUGGAUGCUUCAAAAUGUGUUGUCUUCAUCUGUUCUGCAUGUGUUCUCUGAAUUGGAAGAUUUUUGUACAGUGAAGCUACACGACACUGGAAAGAACACCAGGGUAUCUCACACUGCUCCUCCCUCCCUCCCUUUCACCAAGCCAUCUCAUAGCUGGGAGAAUGAAAUAGGUUUUAGAAUAUUCCGUCAAUUAAACAUUCCCAAUUAAAUUCUUGGCUUCAUAACAUGAAAUAUUUGGAAAGCUGGUGGCAGUGUACACUGUAGGAAA